UAUUUGAAUUGGAUUGUAAAAUCACCGAUUUACGCUUGUCUAAUUUCAAUUAAAAGAAAAUACAAUGCUUCAUGUACAUACAUAUGUACACACAGAAAGUAUAUAGUAUUUCAAUAAAGCAUCUACAACGAUCUCAUAAGAUCAUCACAAAUAUUUUCUAAUUAUAGAAAACUAAAUAUAAGCAUAUAAAUUAUAGAUUAUACUUAGGGUAUAUCGUAAACCAGCUGCGUUGAUAAUUGCAUAUUUAUUUGUUUAUAUUUUCAACAUGAAGACCGCUUUUUAUUCAAUGUUCAUCUUUUUUAUUGUAAUAUUACAAAUAAUCAGUUGCAAAACAUCGAAUCAUUAUACAACGCAGCAAGACGUAUAUUUAUCAGAAAAUAAGAAUAAAGUUCCUGAUGAAAAGAUUUCGAAUUUAUUUUACAAAUCUGGACAGCAUGCCGAAAAUGCCAAAAUUAUGUUGCAGAAUACAUUACGCAACUUUUUAGAAAAUUUACAAAAAAAUUUAACAACUUCAGUAAUAUUAAAAACGCUUGAUGAUAAAUUAAGCUUGGAGCGAUCACAGCAGAAAUGGCAGAAAUUAAAUGAUCAUAUGGAUUUCUACAGAACAGCCUCUCAUCACAUAAAAGAAUUUGCAGAUGAAUCGGAAAAUUUCUUGCAAAUCAGUAAAAAUGAAAGUGCCACUUUUUUAAUGAAACUGCGCCGAGUGCCCACCGGUCAGCGAAUGUUGCCGCCGUACGUUAAGUUACAGUUAACGAAUUAUUUUGAUGAAAUGGAGUUUUUUAAUGUUGUAUUUUUCGAAAUAAUUGAUGAGGGAAUGGAAUAUAUUGACAACGCACUACAUAUCAUUCGAACAACAUUUGAAAGCUAUGCAGAUAUACAACAAGACAUUUUAAAUUAUCAAAAUUCCUUUUUUGAUAACUGGUGUUUUAAUAGAUAUUUUGAAUUUUUACAAAAAUGGUCAACGCAGAUAUAUAAUUGUGCCACCGAAACAAGAUUACAAACGGUAUACAAUGUGUUUGCAAUGACAAAAGUUGUUGUCAAACAUCUCAUGCAACAAUUAGAAUUUAAAAUGCAGCGUUUGUUUAAUUGUUUUAUUUUUAAGGAAUACAAUAUAAAGUGUAAUUUUUUACGAUUCCCGGAAAGUGAAUAUGAAGAAUUAUUUACUACUUUAAGAGAGUUACAAAUGUAUUAUGAUAUAGAAAUAAAUCGCGGACGAGUGGAAUCAAUUAGAAUACAACGUAGUGACGAUAUGAUACAAUUAAGUGAUAAGAAAAUGGUAGACUCAUCUCAUAGCAAUUGCAUACCAUUUGGUUUUCCAACAAACCAGAUGCUAAAUAGUCUUAAGAUAUGUUUCAAUAUUCACUGAAACGUUGAAUCAAUUAAAACAUAUACUCCAGUACGUUUAAUUAUGUUUGUAACACCUCACCACUGCAGAAAAUAAUUUACUACGAACAAUAAAUAUUAAUAAACCCAGUGACAUAAACAUAAUUAAUAUGAAAUAUGAUUUUUAAUUUUGGGUAAACAUUUCAUAUUUAUAUUUAACGAUUAUUGGUUUUGCAACUACAGUUACAAAUUUGUUAAAACAUACAUAUGUAUGUAGUUUAUUCUGCAUUUUUGGCUUUUAUUUGUUGAUUGCAUGGUGUGGUGUUUACGGAUGUCGUACUCUCAAAAAAAAACCUCGAAUUACGUUCAUAAGGGAUGACGAAGGGCACCUUCUGAUGUUGAAUUUCUACGGUUAAUUUAGGAACCGAUAUUCUCGGGAUUAUUUUAAAUUGCGCAUUUUUAAAUGCUCGUAAAAUUGUUCAUUGUGCCACAUGUUCUUAACAAUCUAUUCAAUUUUUAAUAUUAUCUAGUUGAAAUCGGGUUUGUGAAAUACAGUAGGUAGAAAAAGUAAGUUAUUGAAGAGUUAUAUAAAACAACGAGGAGAAUAACAUUUUAAAGUUUAUAUUUUUUCAAACAAAAUAUUUUUUAUCAAGACCUAUUGCAAAGUAUCAAAUAAAGUACAUAUAGUUAAAACAUAAAGAAAAUUCAUUGAUUCUACAUAGGAAAACAUAAACACAAACAGUAAAUUUCAUGUAGAAAAAAAUAAGUUAUUAAAUUGUUUAAUAUCCACAAUGUCCAUAAUUUUUGCGGCAAGUUAUGGCUUUGUGGUGGCCACGUCACCACCAUGACUUUUGCAUUAUGAACGUGUCCUUUAUUUAUCUUUAUUUGGCUUUAUUUAAGUAGGUCUUGCCUUUUUUAAGCUGUAUGCGACUUUUUGAAUUAAAAUUGCAAAUAUCCAAAAUUCUUUUAUCCACUCUCUCCGUAGUAAUUUUUGGGCGCUUCUACCAAAUACUCGAUUUUCUUUGUUGUAGCUAACAAUAAACUUCCGUGUUGUAAGUUUUUCGGCAAUAUAUCGCUGCAUUAUGCUAGUUGAUUAUGGCUUAACACUCCUCAUUUGUUAGUUGCUUAAACUUUACCAUUUUUAGUAUUUUUUUUAUUCACUGUAAACAAAUAUUAUCAAUAUUCCAAAAAAUUAAAUACAAAAUUAAAACCAAUUCAAUUUCGAAAUUUAGAAAAUAGAGAACUCCUGCACCUUAAAUGCAUUUGUUUUUUAAUUUAUUUUCAAGUUUUGAUACAUAAGCCUGAUUAUAGCAUUUGAUAACUUACUUUUUCCACGCUUUACCGCUGCAGUUUUAUGGAAUGCCACGCAAAUUUCUCAUCAGAUAAACGAGCACCAAUAAAAUCAUCAAUUCUACCUACUGUAGGUUCACUGAAAUUUAAAACCAUUAUGCUAGGAGCAUUUAAAUAUUUUGUACUUUUGUAAGCGAAAUUACUAAAUUUCUGUGAUUUAAAUAAAUUAAUUAUUCCAUAGGUAACUGUCGAAUGUAACUGUCGGAAAUAAAAAAUUAACUAUACAUAUUUCCCUUAAAAUCUAUGUAUCCAUACUUUGAAAUCGUAAAAUACAUUUGUAAGUAUACUAGUUUUGAUCAGUUACCUGAAUUUACCAUUGCUUUAUACUAUUGUGGCAUUCAUUUAUAGAAAAUAUCAAUAGUUUCAUUUUUAAGGUAAAAAAAGACCCGAUUUCUUCAUGAUAAAGGUUUCCUUUUGAAUGUCAAACAGUGUAUAUACAUACAUACAUAUUUUAUGAUCCCCAGUCUAAAAUGAACUGUAUGUUGAAAAAUUUAUUUUUAGUCCAGCCGUAAGUUCUGAUACCAGUCCAGGCUAUCAGACAGAUAUGAGUGAAUUUGAUUUUGGUGUUCUGAAAAACGAGAAAUUUUUCAUGGCAGAUUUUAAAUAUACUUUAUAUAAGUACGCUUGCUGCUAUGCUCAAAACCCGCAUAUUAGACAGUAAUAGCGGCGACUUUAAAUGGUAAUAGAUGCCAUUGGUGCCUCAACUAGAUACUAAAAGCAAUUAAUAUCUAGAAUUAAGUACAAUUUUCGCACAAAAAUUUUGGUACUGAAUGUCGAUUUUUGUCCACUGAAUUUUUAAGUUUUUCUUUCAUAACUUUGUUGAUUAAUUUUAAAUAAUAUAUUUUUUAAGUUAAUUGUGAAAAAAAAUAAGAUUGAAAUUAAACUGUAUGAACAUAUUUAUCUAAAAAGAGAACGAAAACUGUGGGUAUACAUAAGUAGACUUUGACGGCGAAGACUUAAAUAUUUUAUGAUAAUUGUAAUUUUAAUAAAGCUAACUUCCUAUGAACGUACUCAUUGGCGAAAGGCAAUUACGCAAGAUGAUCGACACUGCUACUGCUCGCUUCAUACUUGCCGGAAGAAUUGUGAAUAUUCGCCCAUAUUUCUCGGUCGAAACGGCCUCUUUAGGAAACGACGACGAUUUAUCACAGGUCAAGCCCUGUGAUUCCCGCAUAAGGGUGACCGCAUAGUGGACGCUCAAAGUCGAGCCGGGCGCAAGCUUCAAAACUGUAUGAAUACAUUUUCAUAAGAAAUCGCACUGACAGCGCAGAGUGGAAGCUGACCAUAGCUUAUAGCCAUAACAACAACAACAACCAUAGCCGACACUUUCUUCUGUUAAAUAAACGAUUAGCCUAUUUACCAAAUGGACGAAGGAGUACAGACUAAAACUUAAUAUUCAACGUCGAUGACAUUUCAAUUCCGACAGUAAAUAAUACCAUAAUCUUGGGGGUUACAUUUAAGAUUGCACUCCUUCACUCCACAUACGACCGCAAUUAUGACCAAAGUACAGAACCGCAACAAAAUCAUCAAGUUGCUAGCCGGUGGCACUUGGAGAAGACAAAGAAACCUUGAUAGCCACUUACAAGGCAAUCGGCCAGCCGGUCGUUCUCACCACCGAGCAGCAGAAGCGCAUAUAGACUCGUUAGAAUACUGCAAUAAUAAAAAUUAAAUGAGGCAUCCGCGUACAUCCUUGCAUGAAUUCAAAUGAAUAACCUUGUUGUUGCUUUUACAUGUCAAAUUGUUUACAAGAGAGUCGUUCCUAAAUAAAGCAAGUCAAUAAGUGACCAAUCGAAUACAGCUAUUGAAACCUA